AUGAACAGAUUAUUUGGCAGCGGGUCCAAGGCGCCCAAGCCGACGCUCAACAGCGCCAUCUCCAACAUCGACGGCGGCAUCGCCAAGCUAGACGUGCAGAUUGCGCGCAUCAACACGGAGCUGCGCGAGCUGACGGGCAAGAUGAACCGGAUGCCGCCGUCGGGCAAGGCGUUUGCCAAGAAGCGGGCGCGCGACCUGCUGACGCAGCGGCGCAAGUACGAGCAGCAGCGCGAGCAGCAGCAGCAGCAGGUCUGGAACAUGGAGCAGGCCCAGAUGAUGCAGGACAACCUCAAGGGCGUCAUGGCCACCGUCGACGCCAUGAAGACCACGUCCAAGGAGCUCAAGAAGCAGUACGGCAAGGUCGAUAUCGACAAGAUUGAGCGCCUCCAGGACGAAAUGGCCGACCUCAUGGACGUUGGCAACGAGAUCCAGGAGUCCCUCUCCCGCGCCUACGACCUGCCCGACGAUGUUGAUGAGGAGGAGCUCGACGCCGAGCUCGAGAUGCUCGGCGCCGAAAUGGAGAUGGAGGCUCAGCAGAGCAUAGGCGCCGGCGAGGUCCCUGACUUCCUCAAGGAUGAGGUGCCCGACUUUGUGGACGAGCCGGUAGAGCAGGGCAAGGUCCAGGAGGCAGCCAGGUGA